UAAAUUGGAGGGAGGUUCUGUGAAGGUCUGCAGACAAUCUUUCGCUACCGGGCAAGAUACAUCACAGAGGAGCACGACAAGAUGACAGAGACUACCCGAUUUUCUUUUCGUUUAUCAGCACUCAUCAUUCUGCAAUUAUGGUUGAUGUUUGCGAGUGCUUCCCCAGCUAAUCGGGUAUGGAUCGUUCGACGUGAUGUCCAAAACUUGGUUGAGGCAACUACUGAACUCAAUCAGCCAAAGGAACAAAAGGUCGAGAAUGCCCUACCACGAAUUUAUUUCAUGGAGAUUGUAUCGGAUAUCCGGCUACGUUAUGCCUCGACAAAAGUCACGUCAAAAGUUGCCAAUCCUGCUGACAAAGCUCAGGAAGCCACUUUUCAUGUUGUUCUGCCAGACACGGCCUUCAUUUCCAGUUUCUUGAUGGAAAUUGAUGGAAAGGUGUACAAAGCAAGUGUUAAAGAAAAAGAAGAAGCUCAAACAGAUUACCAGAAUGCGGUGGAUGCGGGACUAUCCGCUGCCCAAGUGACUGCAAAUGCCCGUGAUGCCAAUCAGUUUACCGUAUCGGUUAAUGUUGAACCUCAGGCGAAAAUGCUAUUUAACUUGACAUACGAGGAGUUGUUGACCAGACGCAGAGGAAUUUAUGAGCAGGCCAUUCACGUCAGCCCGGGUUCAAUUGUCCCACAAAUGAGCGUUCGAGUCAACAUUUUUGAGACGCUCCCCAUCAACAAAAUCACAGUCCCUCAAUUACGAGGCAAUGAUAUCGAACAAAAUCAAGACCUGAGUGAAAACGAGGUAGCCAAGAUUAUCCGCACGAACGAAACAGUUGUGAGCGUCGUUUACGAGCCGACAGAGACACAGCAAAUCCAAUCUUCAAAGGAUGGACUGCAGGGUCAAUUUGUUGUGCAGUACGAUGUGGAUCGUUCGUCCAUUGAAAGGAACGGCGGAGAAAUUCACGUGGUGGAUGGGUACUUUGUCCACUUUUUUGCUCCAACCACUUUGCCGGCCCUUCCUAAACACGUCAUCUUUGUGCUGGACACAAGUGGAUCGAUGGCAGGAACGAGAAUUGAGCAAACGAAACAGGCCAUGAACUCCAUCCUGGACCAACUGAGAGAAGACGACCUCUUUAGUGUCGUUGAAUUCUCAACAGGCGUCUCGGAAUGGGAUUUAAGAAAACCAUACAAAGCGCUUGAAACUUACUACUACAAUAUUCCGGUGGGAGACACAACAGAAGUUCCGCAGAACAGGACAGAACUGGAAGAAAGUUUUGGCCUCUACGAUGAUAUUUUUGCGUAUCCUGUAACGGAGCGUUCCAUCAAAAGGGCCAAAGAAUUUGUCAACACCAUGGACGUUACUUCCUCCACCAACAUUAACGAUGCCCUUUUGCUGGCGCUGAAAAACAGCCAAUCCGUUCAGUCACGACUGCGCCUCACGCCGAUCAUCAUUUUCCUGACAGACGGUGAGCCCACUUCAGGCGUGGUUGAUAAAACUGAAAUUCUUGCCAAUGUACGGAAGGGAAAUAGUGACGACGUGGUGAGCAUUUUCAGUUUGGCCUUUGGUACGGGCACAGAUUACGAUUUCUUGACCAAAAUUUCGAGUCAAAACCGUGGAUUUGCACGCAAAAUCUACGAAGCUGCGGAUGCCACUCUCCAGCUCAAGGGAUUCUUUGAAGAAGUGGCAUCACCUCUACUCAACAAUGUUCGCUUUGUUUAUAACAAAGAUGGUCCUGUGCAUGACGUCACUGAGACCAACGUACCCAACUUCUUCAAGGGCACAGAAUUUGUUGUGGCCGGCCGAAUCGACCCGGAUACAGAACUGAGUGCAUCCAUCACUGGAACAGGAGCAAGUGGUUCCUUUUUAUUCCCUGACAUUCGACCGGUGAUAGACGACUACAUUUUAUUACCCAAUCCGAAUAACAGCGUUGUCGAAACGGUACCUGCCAAAAAGAGCUUUUCAUUGGAGAAAAUUUGGGCGUACAUGACGAUUCAGGAUAUGUUGAAGAAACGUCAAAUCGUCGAUGAUGCCAAGGCUAUUGCCGAGUUCAACGGCAAAGCUCUCAACCUCUCUCUUACAUACGGCUUCGUCACACCCUUGACUUCAUUGGUAGUCGUGAAACCGAAUAGUACUGCUGCCACGGCUGACGUCCGUCCUGCUGAUGCUAAUCAAGGCUUACAACCCUUUUACGGUUUUGCUCUCGCUGCGCCUUCUCCAAUAGCAGCAUUUUCGCCAAAUCAUUUCAGCGGUGGUAUCCGCCAACCCGCUUUUGCAGUCUCAGCCCUUGUAGCACCAGGGUAUCAAGCCAUUCCUUUUAAACGACCAAUAACAUCAACUUUCAGGCCAGACUUUGGAACGUCUCAAUCACCUCAUAUUACCGAACAUUUUGAAACGUCUCGAUCACCUCACAUUACCGAACAUUUUGAAUUUCCAUCGUUUUCACCUGAAGAAUGGAUUAGCCAGUUUGAACAUAAUCUUACACACGUUAAAAUUCCUGCAGGCAACGAAACACUAGACCUGUCCUGGGAAGAUGAACUGCCGGAUGUCGAGUACGAAUCGUGUACGACGAAUCGCCUUCAUCACGCUGUUUGCAAAUCCAUUUGGAAGUGUUCCACCGUUUUGCACGAAUCCACAUUUGUGUCCAAGGAAUUGACUGUGGACGCCAAGGCUGCUUGCGUUAUCGAAAACAAAUAUGUGGGUAUCUGUUGUGAUGCAUCACCCAUUUUCCCCGAGUUAUCCAUCGAUUUUACGACGAUUAUACCAGAAUUGGAAACCACUACGUUUGUUGAUGACAGUUCCACAUUCACUAGUGACCCAUAAUCUCCCAUUUAUUCGGACUCAAUUUUAUUUUUUUUGACGAUGUAAACCUAUCGGAUAAGGGGAAGAAAAUUAAUUGAUUUUUAUUAUGUUAAUUUUUAUUAGUCCGUAUGUUGUAAUUGGUGCAUGUUAAUGUUUUCCCACGAUAUCGCAAAAUCCUUGUUAACUGCGGCUUUAGUUCUCGAAGCGUUUAGUUUGUCUUUUUCAGUUAUGCGUGCAAUUUUCGUUAUUUUUAAGAAUGCAAUAAACUAUAUGCUAACAAACAAA